AUGGAGCUGCCCCAGAGUAGGUGGUGGCGCUGGAGACGGCGCCAUUUGCUAACGGGAUCGUUAUUGUUGCUGGUUUCUUUGUUGUUUGCGCUGGAUCCUGCCCCAGUGAAUGCCGACCCGGAUGAGGAUAUACCGCACAACGAAGUACGAAACUGGGCCAUCCGUUUCGGUGUCGAUCUGUGGGAGUUUGGACGACAGUUUACCAAAGUGAACGACAUCAGAAAUCGCUUCAAGGAUUCGGACGUGGACGUGACCAGGAAGGAUGGUAUCUUGCUGUUGCGCGAGCUGGCGGGGGAAGUGAAGAACUUUAUGGAUUUCAAAAUGAACGCCGUAAUGCGAAUAAUGGAUUCGGCAGAACAGGCCGCCCUAUCGGAAUCGGAUCCAGAGUCAGCUACAUCCAAAGCACACCCAAGCGCAUUCUACGACGCGCGGCGUAUUAAUGAGUAUCAGUCGGACGGUCGGUUAGCGGAAGGUUCCCGACAGAUGCUCCUGCGACAUAUGCGCCGUUUCGAGGGCUAUCCGGUCAAUAUUAGUCUGAGCUCGGUACUGAUGCCUGCCGGCGUUAGUUUGGACGAACCGGAGACACAGAGCGCCAUCAAGUGGUCGUCCCAUCUGGAUCCGUUGUUUGCGAAUAACAUUGAGCGUGAUUCGGCCCUAUCGUGGCAGUACUUUGGGAGUAGCACUGGAUUCUUGAGACGGUUCCCGGGUACCGCUUGGCCACCGGAAACGUCGUAUGGCAGCAAGGAGAUCAACGAUUUCCGUUCGGAGGAUUGGUUCAUACAGGCGGCUUCCUCACCGAAGGAUGUGAUAAUUCUUCUCGAUUCGUCCGGAUCAAUGAGUGGCAAGGAGUACCAGCUAGCGGUAGCAACUGCCAGUGCCAUCUUGGACACACUCGGCGAUGAUGAUUUUUUCAACCUGAUCUCGUUCUCAGAUCAAGCACGAGUGAUUGUGCCCUGUUUCCAGGAUAAAAUGGUACGAGCCACCCCGGAUAACGUGAAGGAAGUGAAGUCAGCCAUCAAUGCGGUGGAGUGCGAAAAUACGGCCAAUUUUUCGGCUGCCCUUGAGACGGCUUUUGAGCUGCUUCGUAAGUACAACCAAAGCUCCCAAGGCAGCCAGUGCAAUCAGGCCAUUAUGCUAAUUACCGAUGGGCCCAGCGAUACGUUCAUGGAGGUGAUCAAGCAUUACAACCAUCCGCAUAUGCCGGUACGCAUUUUUACCUACCUGAUCGGGACGGACAAGAGUGGUGGAAAAAAUCUGUAUAAAAUGGCGUGCGAAAAUAAAGGCUUCUUCGCGCAGAUAAACAGUGCCGAGGAGGCAAGGAAGAAGGUGGUGGAAUAUGCACUAGUUAUGGCACGUCCGAUGGUGCUGUAUCAAGCCGACCAUCCAGUACACUGGAGUCCAGUAUUUAUGGGCGGUCGCAGCGGUAUCCUUGGGCGAGAGAGUGAAAACCGUCGCAAGCUCGUUACUACCGUCUCGACGCCCGUGUUUGAUCGAAGAAACCAUUCGACUAGGGCUGCCAACCUGCUCGGUGUAGUUGGUACGGACGUCCCGAUAGAGGAGAUCCAGAAGAUGAUUCCACAGCACAAACUCGGCGUAAAUGGGUACGCGUUCAUUGUGGACAACAAUGGACGGGUGCUGUGCCAUCCGGAUCUGAGGCCACUGAGCGAUAACGAUCAGUACAGUGCGACACUGAAGCAUAAGUACAAUUCGGUCGAUUUAACUGAGGUCGAGCUGCCGGAGGUGGACAAUCCGAGUAACACCAUCAACGAGCGACACGACCAACGAUACGCCAAUACGCUUCAGGAGCUACGCAAUGAGAUGGUUCUGCAGAAGGAAGGCGAGAACGAACUCACUGUGCUGACGCAUCUGGACACGAUGAAGCGUGUGUCCUUACGCUUUCAGAAAUACUUUUACGGCCCGAUCGAUGGUACACCUUUCUCGUUGGGUAUAGCCCUGCCUGAUUCGUACGGUGUUCAUGAGCUGAAUGCCCAGCAGGAGAUUAGGCAUUCCCAUAUUAAUGUGACCGAACAUUUCAAAGGCAACAAUUGGAAGGUACAUCCAGAUUGGGUAUACUGUGAGUACAACAGUUUGAAGGAUGCGGACGGUACUGGCGAGGGUACGGAGGAGUCCACCUAUCGGGAUAAGGACGAAAGUUUCGAUACGCCCGAGGAACAGGUGCUCCAUUUUUUGGCCCGUGUCGGCAGGCCCGGCUGGAAGUGGAUGUCGGUACGUCCACGAUCGCCACAACCACACCACGGACACGGUGGCAUACCAGUUGGGCAUUAUGCUCAGCACCACUUUAACUCGCAAGGUUCACGAAAAGCGGAACCGUAUUAUUGCGACCGUACCCUCGUCCAGAGCCUCGUACGGGAUGCGAUCGUAACCGAUGGGCUGGAUCGUACGCCAACUCAUCCGUCGCGGAAGGAAGAUCGAAGCCCCAUUGCCACGUUGAUGGCAUUGCUGCACAGUCGGCUUGGAUUCAGCAUGUUCAGCGUAAAGACAACGUUCGUGGCAACCCGAUCGGGGCUGUUGCGCUGGAUUGACCAUUUACCCCACUCGGAGGACUCAUCGGAACAACACUUCAGCGAAACGAACGCGAGAGCAAUGGACAUGAGUUGGUACAAGCGUGCGGUCGAUCUGUAUGCGACCGAACCGGAAGGAUUCGUGUUUAGUGUGCCGUUUAAUUCUGGAUACUCCGGCAAAAACAGUUCCACGCUGGUGACUGCAAGUCACGCCAUAUUCAUCGAUCAUCGUGGCCAUAAGGCACCGGCUGCCGUAGUGGGAUUGCAGUUUUUGCACGAAUCACUGUUCAAGCACUUUAUCAACAUAACGUCAAAGUGUACCGCAUCGACGACGUGCAAGAAGAAUUGUGCCUCGGACGAGCUCGAUUGCUACCUGCUAGAUGACAACGGGUUCGUCAUACUGUCCGAGCGUAGUGAACAUACGGGGAAAUUUUUCGGUCAGAUCGAUGGUACGAUUAUGGAUUCGUUGGUGCAGGACCGCAUCUAUCGGCGGGUACCGCUGAUGGACUAUCAGGGUAUCUGUUCCGACCGGGACAAUCCGUACACCGGCGCCAGCGAACCGUUGAAGCCUGUUCGUCCGAUGUCGUGGCUGUUGAAGUACUUCGUGUCAUUUGCCACGUACUGGUUGUCCGUACUGCCCACACCAAUCGGUGCCUGGCAGAACUCAAACUACAACUACGACGGUACGGACGAUGUGGAGGACGAAGAUACGUACGAUUACGAGCAACCGGACUAUGAUCUACCGCCAGAACACAGUGACGUGACCACACCGGACUACGACCAACGGUCUACACCGACACCGCAACGUUCCCACACCCAGGCAGGACCGCGUGUUGCACCGGAUCCCGCACAUGCCCGACCAUGCGAUCUCAAGACGGACUUGUACGUACUGCAACCAGAACGGUUAAACUCGAGCGGUCAAAACAAUCCACUCAAGGGCAAGCUCACGAACUGUCACUCGUCGGGAUGCGAACGUCCGUUUAGUGUACAGAAAAUACCGAACAGCAAUCUGAUUCUCCUGGUAGUAGACGUAUUGUGUCCCUGUGGCUCCAAACAGUUAGACAUUGAGCCGCAAGAGGUCGUUGGCGGAGCGGGCGCAUGCGGUGUGCGUCGUAUGGCCAAAGAGAAGAUGCUCCGAAAGCGUCCGGGCAAAUGCAUCAGCUACCAUCCGGAGGAGAUCGAAAUUAAGCAGUGCGGCACGGCCACGACACUGUUCCGUGCGUCCCUUUACUCGACGAUAGCUACCUUUAUUGUGAUAUGGGUGUUGGCCAGCGCGUGA